AAAAGGCUCCCAAAAGAUCCCCUCCGCCUCCGUCCUCGAGCGAGCCAACGCAGCCUCGCUUUUCGCCGCUCUCCGACCGCUCGACGCACGUUAUCCAUGGCCACCUGUUAUCCUUCUGGUGUUUCUGCUCUGCUCCUCCCCAACCCGCGAACUCCCGCCUCCUUUUUGCAGAGGUUUUCCGGUCCGGCUUCCGGGAGCGUUCCAUGUGCAGUUUUUCGACGGGAGAGUAGGAGAAGGAAAGCGGUGGGCAUCGCGCGAGCAUGCUUCAACCCUUUCGGGGACGAGCGCAUCCUCCGGGAGGCCAUGAAGGAGCCUGUUGCAUUUAUGGGUGGCGUGUUUGCUGGUCUCUUGAGGCUUGACCUGAAUGAAGAUCCUCUCAAGGAGUGGGUCACUCGGACGGUAGAGGCUUCUGGAAUAGCUGAGGAGAACAGUACCGAGGAAUCAAACGAGGGAGCUCAAAAUGAUGCACCCCAACAAAUAGAGAUUGAGUGAGGUGCAUUGUUGCCUUUUGCGCUCUCUACACCUUCACCUUGUAACUUAUCCUGAAUAUUUGUAAUAUCUAUGCAAUAAAAUGCUUGUUUCAAUUUUAAUGUGUUACUACAAAGUACAGAUUUACGUCUAAAUAUUGGCUUGUCAUCGUUA